UCUCUAAAUAUUGUCCUGACAAAACUACCAUAUCUUUCUCUGUUACAUAGCAGAGUGAGUAUGCUGUGUUGGGUUAUGGCCAUUUUUUAUUCUUUUUAAUUAUAUUUUUUUGGGAUUAUUCGUUUGGUCUUAAUUGUGUUUAGCUGUAACAUAUGCAUGUGAAAAGGGUGGAGUUAUCGCACAUGGCAAUAUCAGAGGAAGAAAAAGUUGAGAGCUUUAGUUCACAGAGAAACCAUUUCCUGGGUUCCUUUCAACAACCUGAUUCUGGGUUUUCACAGAAACUAUCUUGUCAUUGCUUUUCUUACAAUGUUUGUGGGUCUUGGCUAAUCUAACUUCCUCUUUGUUAUUGCUUCAAGCUACCUUUCAAUCCCUUAACAGAGUCAAUUAUUCAUCUUUGUGAUUUUCUUUUUCUAACUCUAUCAUCAUUGAGGGAGUCGUGAGAUUUGGUGCUUAAUGAUAUGGGUGCUGUGCUGCCAGCCACUCUUCAGCUGGUGAAACUGUGUGUCAUUUGCUUUAUUUUCACUAUUCAAGGAUCUACAGGAUACAAUUUUUCCCCAUCUCCAGCAAUUUUUUCUGAGAUUCCUCCUACAGAAGGAACAACUGCUCCCAUAAGAAGGCCAUUCAGAAGCAAUGUGGCAGGCUCAGUAUCUCAGCCAAAUGGAUCUGAUUUAGCUCCUCCACUUGCAUUACCACCACCCAUGGCUGCGCCUUUGCCACCCCAUGAAAUUAGAGGGCUUGUACCAUCUUUUUCACCUAGCAGCCCAAUAGCAAGGAUACCUGAUAAUGCAGCUCCUCCACCAGUAGUUUUUGAAGGACAUGGGCCAUUACUGUCACCAAGUAUUCCUACUGUGAAUCCACCAUAUAAUACGGCAGCUCCACCAUUAACUGCUGAAAGACAUGAAGCAGCCGUGCCUCCAAAUCCUUCUCUUGGAAAUGAACCAAUUAGACAUAGUCCCGUUUUGGUGCCAGUUACAACACCCACAAACGAUUUGCCUCCUGAUUCACCAAUUAUCCAUCCAAAUGCACCUGCAACUUCACCAAUUAUCCACCCAAGUGAACCUGAAAUUUCACCGCCUAGCACGCAUCAUAGUAAUACAUCAUGGGCUUCUAUACCAGCUGCAUCUCCACCAAGGAAAUUGGGCCGAAACAAGCCAUCAGUCCAUCCAAUUGCACCAGCAAUAAUGCCAUCUGUAUCACCUGUUCCUGUUGUAUCACCAAUAGGACAAUUGCCCCAAAAUUCACCAAAAAUCCACCCUGUUAUACCUGGAGAAGCACCUUCUGAAGUAUCAGGUUAUCCUGAUACCUCUCACGCAUCAGCUCCUACCCCAAUCAUUGACUGGAAAAAAGAUGGAAGUCCUGUUGCUGCACCACCAGACGAAACAUCCAAACAUUUACCAUCUGCAAACCAUUCCCCAGCUGAAGCUCCUUCAACACACAAAGCCAUGAAACACCCAUAUGAGGCUGCAGUUCCAUCUUUAUUUACUCCUGCAUCUUCACCUUCUAUCCCAUUUCACAAGGAGAACCAUGCAAGGACCGAAAUCAAUAGUCCUGGUUCUUCAUUAUCUCCUUCCCCUUCAGAACAGCAAGGUCCAGCUAUCUCUCCAUCAUUGCUUCCAACAAAUAGGCAAGCACACGAUGCUCCGCCCCUUAGUUCAGCUUCUGCACCACAUUACCCUUACCCAUUUUCUAUGCCAGUUACCAAUGUCUCACCUGCUCCUUCGCCCUCUCCAACAGCGGCAUCUGGCUGGACCAUAAUGCCCGUCCUUUCCCCUAAAGUUUCUUCCUCUGGGUCUUCAUCAAGGGGUCCAAAAAUGCCACUUCCCCCACCAGUUCAAGCAUUCCCACCUCCACCUCCUAAUGAAGAUUGUUCAGCAACUGUUUGUGUGGAGCCAUACACAAAUACUCCACCCGGAUCUCCAUGCGGAUGUGUCUUGCCCAUGCAAGUUGGACUGCAACUCAAUGUUGCACUAUAUACCUUUUUCCCCUUGGUUUCAGAGCUUGCUCAGGAAAUUGCUGCUGGUGUUUUUAUGAAACAAAGUCAAGUUCGAGUUAUGGGAGCAAAUGCUGCUGGCCAACAACCAGAGAAGACCAUUGUCCUCAUUGACUUGGUUUCCCUUGGAGAAAGAUUUGAUAAAAUGACUGCACUUUUGAUUUAUCAGAGAUUCUGGCAUAAACAAGUAGCAAUAAAAAAUUCACUUUUUGGUGAUUAUGAAGUGUUAUAUGUGCGGUAUCCAGGUCUACCCCCUUCUCCGCCUUCUGCGCCUUCUGGCAUUACUAUAAUAGAUGAUGGACCGUAUUCAGGCAAUGGCAACAAUGCAAGGACAGUAAAGCCCCUUGGGGUUGACAUACGAAAAAGACAACAAAAAGAUGGGCUUGGUGGUGGCAUAAUUGCUAUUAUUGCUCUGUCAGCUUCUGUAGCACUAGUUUUAUGCUCUGCUGUCGCUUGGCUGUUGGUGGUUAGACAUAGAGGCCGCACGAGUCUACCAAUACCAACUUUGCAUCCUUUGCCAACUUCAAUUGCAAAACCAUCAGGAACAACUGCCUCAGUGAUUGGAAGUGGUCCUACUUCUGCGUCCUUGUCAUUUGGAUCUAGUAUUGCACCUUAUACAGGAUCAGCCAAGUCCUUUAGUGCAAAUGAUAUAGAAAAAGCUACAAAUAAAUUUGAUGCUUCAAGAAUACUUGGGGAAGGUGGCUUUGGGCUUGUUUACAGCGGUACUCUUGAAGAUGGGACCAAAGUGGCAGUGAAAGUUCUGAAGAGGGAUGAUCAUCAAGGUGAUCGAGAAUUCUUGGCAGAGAUCGAAAUGCUUAGCCGUCUUCAUCACAGAAAUCUGGUCAAGUUGAUUGGUAUAUGUACAGAGGAGCGUGCACGCUGCUUGGUGUAUGAACUUAUACCAAAUGGCAGUGUGGAAUCUCAUUUGCAUGGGGUUGAUAAGGAAUCUGCUCCACUUGAUUGGGAUGCACGGGUCAAGAUAGCACUAGGUGCAGCUCGAGGUCUUGCUUAUCUACAUGAAGAUUCAAGUCCUCGUGUCAUACACAGGGACUUCAAGGCUAGCAACAUCUUGUUAGAACAUGAUUUCACACCAAAAGUUUCUGACUUUGGUUUGGCUCGAACUGCCAUGGAUGAGGAGAACAGACACAUAUCAACCCGUGUAAUGGGGACUUUUGGGUAUGUGGCUCCAGAGUAUGCCAUGACUGGUCAUCUUCUUGUAAAGAGUGAUGUAUAUAGCUACGGUGUAGUCCUUUUGGAGCUCUUAACUGGAAGAAAACCAGUUGACAUGUCACAGCCACCUGGUGAAGAGAACCUAGUUGCAUGGGCCCGUCCGCUUUUAACAAGUAAAGAGGGGCUGGAAACAAUUAUUGAUCCAUCUCUAGGACCUGAUGUCCCUUUUGACAGUGUAGCCAAAGUAGCAGCCAUUGCUUCAAUGUGUGUGCAACUGGAGGUAUCGCACCGUCCUUUUAUGGGGGAGGUCGUGCAGGCGCUGAAACUAGUAUGCAACGAGUGCGAUGAGGCAAAAGAAGUAGGUUCAACAAGUUCCAGGAGCCAGGAUUUUUCUGUUGAUAUGGAUGUUGGAAUCGGUGCUGGCUCAGGAAAGUUGCCGGAUCCUUUCCAGAUCCAAACUAUAGUACCGGAUUAUGAUUCUGAGCCGGCUUUAGAGAGGGGAUUAUCAAUGUCACGGUUGUUGAGUACGUCGGUCAGGUAUGGGAGGCAGGCAUCUGGAUCAUUUAGGAGAUACUCUAGCUCAGGUCCAUUGCGAACAGGGAGGAGCAGACAUUUGUGGCAGAGAAUGAGGAGAUUGACUGGAGAAAUUGCGAGCGAGCACAGGUUUAGCUUCAGACGAUGGUCAGAUUCACAUUGACAAUAAAACAAAACGUUUUGUGAAUACUUAAUUUGAAGCCUGGAUUUAGUUCUCCAUGCAAACAAGAAAGGCUUCCAGGAAUCUGGAACAGCAAAACAAGUUAUUGAAGGAAUUUGAAGCCAAGAGUUCUUGGCAUGCGGCCGACGGGAGCGUAUCAUGGUAUCACAGCCUGGAACUGUGGAACAAGCUAUUUACUGGGAAUUCAGGAAUUUGAAGCCAUGACUAUAGACAAUGAUGUUUGAUGCUGAUCAGAUGCAUCUCAUCCCUGCAUUGCCAUGUUACUAGAAGGAAGAAUUUUCUUUUUAAAUUUCAUGAAAAGCAGCUGUUUCUUACUUCCAGAGAGAAUUCAAAUUUCCAGUAGUAUAUAAAAAUUUGUACAUGUAUAGAAGAUUAUCAUACAUGGUUGCAUGAUUGAUGACCAUCUGAUGCUUCAUGUUCUAGAUCUGCAGAGUCAUUGCUCCAUAAAAACCAUGUCUAUUAGUGUUGCUGAUAUAAAAUCAAUUCUUGAACUCUUACCUGA